AUGCAAUCACAAUUCAAUCCUAGUUGUGCACAUUGUAGCCAUCUCAUUAUUGUCUGCUGCCAUGCAAUAUAUCUUGGAGGACCUACACAUGGGUUCUCAGAAGAUGAGUGGUUAAUCGAGUCAUUCCAGAGGGGAGAAACACCUACGUUCACACGACAUAUUGAGGCUGGAGUUCAAGCGUUGGCGGACGAUCCAUCAGGAUUGCUUGUGUUUUCGGGUGGGCCGACAAAACGACCAAGAACAGACUUGACUGAGGGCGAGUCCUACCUGAGCGUCGCCAAAGAAAACAAUUACUUCUCGCACUCAUCCAUGAUAAACCCCGCGCAAGUCAUAGCAGAAACCCAUGCUACGGACUCAUACCAGAAUGUGUUAUUUUCUAUUCUACGCUUCAGAACAUAUACAGGGUCCUACCCUAAGCGCGUCACUGUUGUUACGCACGAGUUCAAGAGAAAACGAUUCAUGGAGUGCCAUUUCCCCGCCGUCGGGCUUGUUCCCUGUCCCUCUGAUAGGGGAGAAGAAACUUACAAGGGCGAUUCUGGCGUGGCUGUGAUUGGUAUCAACCCCCCAGAGGAAGUGACAUCUGAGACCUCCUUGAUCGAAGGUGAAGAGAAGAGGGGGAUCGGAUUGUGGAGACGAGAUCGAUAUGGUGUUGGGUCGAAUUUGGCGGGAAAGAGGGUUCAACGUGGAUGGAAAACUGGAAUGGAGGACGGCAUUUUUGUGGGUGUAGGCUUGGAGUCUGUUGUUGAGGAGCUAGUUCGUUGGGAUGGAGGCCAGGAUGGAAAUCAAUGGUUUUUGAGAAUGAGCCAGUUGCCUUGGUGUCAUUCGUCCUACUGUAUACAGUAG